ACUGGGUUCACUCCGCUCUUUGUCUCCUCUUCUCUCACGCCAUCUUCUACCAUUGACCAGUUCCCUACAGAGAGUAUAGAUCAGUCUAUCAUGCCCAGAAAGGAGGCGAUAGAACGUCGAGCAGCGGGCAAGACCCGCAAGAUUGCACGACGGGCCUGUGAUGUGUGCCGCAGUCGGCGAAUACAGUGCUUGUUCCCUGCCAAUUCUUCAGCUGCUUGUCUUCGAUGCCUUCGACACGAUGUGCCCUGUACCUUUUUGACAAGCCGUAAGCCUCGAGGACCUCCGAGCCGGCAUAUUGCAGAAGCAAAACAGCGCGCCGCUCUCUCUUUGUCACCAUUGUCGCAUCCUGACCAACAACCGUUGCCACUACCACUACCACUACCAAUUGGACCGAUUGGUAUAGCUCAUUUUCUCCCUGAGCCCGUAUUUCUUACUGUCAUCGAUGACUUUCUUUCCCGGGUCUACCCUCUCGUCCCUUUCAUACACCUACCACGGUUCAAGGCUCAGCUCGCAAGUCGCGACUUGGAAACUGACCCGGCCUUUUUUCGCCUCUGUGUGGCUCUUUGUGCCAUCACCGUUGCCUCACUGCCUCGAAACCUCUCUAGUUAUGGCAUUGUGGGCUAUCACAAUGCGGCGCAGGUCGUCGAGAGGGCCUCUCAUCUCAUCACCUGUAGUUACAUGGCAACACUGCCGUCAUGGCAAGAUAAGCCUUCCUUUGAAAGGCUUAGGGUCACAAUUCUAACAGCGGUCGCCUUUCUCUACGCCGGAAGAAACCACGCAGGCUAUGUAUGGCUCAAUGAAGCGGUCCCGUGCUGCCGCGACCUGGAGCUAUACAAGCGUGAUGCAUACAGAGGGUUGGACAUUGUCGACAUUGAGCUGCGCAAGCGUGUCUUCUGGCUGCUCUUUAUUGCUCAGGUGCAUAGCCGAGUCAACGACUUGAUUCCCCCAUAUGGUCUUCAUUUUUGUCCACGGCAGACAGAUUGGGAGUUUCUGCUGCCCAAAGAGCUUAGCGAUGAGCAGCUCUGCGGCGAGAGUGCUCACUCUGCUGGGGGCACACCUCUGAUCUCUGGGUAUGUCGCACUUGUGAAGCUCUACCUUUCUGUCUUGGAUCACUUGGAUGAGUUCUUCCCAAGCACCUCAGCACCUCAUAUUCUCUCACAUGGUGGGGUCGCCGCUCGCGUUUUACCCAGGGUUGAAUCAUACUCGAAUCAAAUAGAGAUCCUAUCAGCGUUUCCAAUGCUUGAUUCGCUUCUCCAAGUCAUUCAGAGGCUCAACACUGUCGUGGAUCAACUCCCUGAGCCCCUCAGCCUACCACUAGGUGGUGGAGAAGCACGACACUCAGAUGACCACCCAACAGCGGUCUUCCAACAAAAUCAUCCAUUCCAUUCCAUGUCGGCAAAUCUCUACAUGACUGCAAUCUAUCUGCAGUCCGUGAUGCUAGAAGUCUGCUUGGAUAGAUGGCAAAAUCGAUCUCGGGAACUGGCAAGAGAGGGUGAGGGUUAUUAUGUACCAAUUGAUGAAGCAGUCAGCGCACAUCUAUGGUCCAUCAAGGCAUCAAUAGGAGAAAUGUUGGUAGGUGUCCUGACAUGCCUCUCUGGUGCUGAUUUGGAGUCAAAUGGCCAAUCUAUGAUUGUUAAGCUACGACAGGUGGCAUCGACGUUCCUGUACCCUGAUGGCAACCCUAAAGACCCCAACUUUAACUUUAUCAACAGCUUCGUCGGUCGCCAAUGUCUCGACAAAGCACUUAGUGUCUUGAUUGAGAUAGAUUAUUUAGUGGUCAAGAACUGA